AUGGAACUGUGCUUCGCCGUGGAGGAGCCGCCAUUUGUGGUGGAGAUUGAGCAGCGCAGUGAGAAGCCCGGGCAGACUAGCGCGAGCCCCGAGCUGAUCCCUGCACGGAUGACUUCAUCGGCCUGGGCAGCUUUGCAGACUCCACCUGGAGAAAGGGCCAAGGACGGGGCGACAGGACAGGGCCACAGGGCUAUUCGCGGAGACAUGCACACCACCGCCCAAGGCCCGCGUGUGCCGCCAACUGCUUCACCCCGCGUGCCCGCCUCGCAGCCGCGGCCACGGCCCGAUCUGGGGAGCCUGAAGUUGUUCGGCAGCCCGCGAUGGUCUGAAGGACCCGUGGCCCUCAUCUCGCACCCGAUAGCGACGAUUGCUGGGCCAACGCCGGCGAGGGCGACGAUGCCACCACCUCAGACCACCAACUUGCCUCCCUCGCGCCGACAAUCCUCUCGAGAAUCACCGUGGCCAUGCGUCAUGCCCGCCCGCGAUCGCUGCCCUCUCGCCGCCGAGUGCGGGGUGGUAGUACCACAUGCACAUUGAUAGCUUCCCAGCGCAACCGGGCCCCUCUCGCCUCCUCUCACCUCCUCUCCACUCCAGCCCAUGGAAUGCGCCCGAACCAUGGCUUGCGGCGGUCCCGAGCCAUCGCAGUCUUCCCAGGCUCGACCCCCAUCGGCAUGUCAGCAGACCCUUUGUAUUCUGCCCGCGUAACCAGCCGCUGUUCAGUUCUCCAGAACCACGGCUUGCCUCAAGGGCCCACAUGGCGGGACAUCCUGGCGUGAACGUGCAGGUGGCUGGUCGUCUAUGCAGCCAGUCACCGGCCUGCAGCCAACGUUCGCUUCUGUCAGCACCACGUCCAGCUCUUGCAUUACGAAGUAAUUGGGCUUGCUAACUAGUCUCAAGCUAAGAGGAUAAGUCCAAUACGAAGUAUAAACGAAGGAGAACACACCAAAGCAAACUUACACUCUUG